AUGGAGAUUCUGCUGAAGAAGAGAGUUCAAUUUCUUCUCUUUGUUGUUGGCAUUAUUGCUCUCAGCAUCACAGCUGAAAAGUUUAGGCUACUGGUCGGGGAGGAGGCCGCAUCAAAAAGCGGGAAGUUUACUUUAUUGAACUGUUUUGAUGGUAGUUCUGGAACUCUUGCAUGUGUAGUCAAAGAGGGCGUAAAACUCUAUUUCUACAACAUUCGGACACUUCACGUGGAAAGCAGAAGGAAUCAAGCCAUCGAGGCUGCCCUGGCCGAUGCUGUCUCUCAAGGCCUGGCCGCAAAAGACGCUGCCAAGGUGGCCCAGAAGGAAGGUGCAAAGGCUGCAAAACUGGCAACGAGAAAAGCCAAGCGCAUAAUUGGGCCCAUUAUUUCUUCCGGGUGGGAUUUUUUUGAGGCUAUUUACUUCGGGGGCACCAUAACAGAAGGUUUCCUUAGGGGCACGGGAACUUUGUUUGGAACCUACUAUGUGGGGUUCAUUGCUGAGGAGAGGUUUGGAAGGUUUGGGUAUUUGGUUGGGAGCCAUUUGGGGAGUUGGCUCGGUGGCCGGAUUGGGCUCAUGGUUUAUGACAUUGUCAGUGGCGUUCACUACAUGAUGGAGGGUCUGCCAGGGGAAACUCGAAUUUACGAAGAAGCCGAUUAUCUUGAAAAGACUGAUGCAGGUGAUGAGAAUUUUGAAUCAAUGUGGAGUGGUGAUUCUCGUGGGUCGAGUGAAUACGAGGCUCCAGCUGAUGGGGGCUUUGGAUCAGCAUGGGAUGGUAGUAAUCCUGAUGAGUCGAGAAAUUACGAGGCUUCUGCCGAUGAGACCUUUAUUUCCCCUGAAGAAUUAUAA